GACUACUUCAUUCGGCCAUCAUAUCUAGCUCUGCCUUCUUGUCCCUCUCGCAACCUGUCUGUAAUGACAGCGCCGCGUCGGCACAUACUUCCUGUGUGGCCGUCUGAUGUCGACCUUUAAAGGCAUCAUUCACGAGUUUCCUCAAAUCAGAAUCGACUACUUUCGACACCAACCAGAUCACAGGCCGCCGUUGGCCUGCUUCCUCAGCCAUGUCCAUUCCGACCACCUCAUCGGGCUUGAGUCCUUACGGGCACCGUUCGUGUACUGUUCAGCCGCCACGCGAGAGAUAUUGUUGCGUCUCGAGAAGUACUACCAUCGAGUCAACUUUUCACGCCGGAUACUAGAAAGCCGCACCGUGACUUACGGCAAGCACAUGGGGAAGCUGGCGAAGCCACUUCCAUUAGAAACUCCAACAGUAAUAGAACUCUCACCUGGCAAUGAGAUCCGGGUAACCCUAUUUGACGCAAAUCAUUGUGUAGGGGCAGUCAUGUUCCUAAUAGAAGGUGGCGGGAAGGCAGUUCUCUACACUGGCGACAUUCGAGCCGAGACUUGGUGGGUGAACACCCUGGUCCAGAACCCAGUGCUCUUGCCAUACACCCUUGGGCUUCGUCGUUUGGACUGCAUAUAUCUAGAUACCACUUUUGCAACAAAAUCUGAACCCUAUUGUGAAUUCCCUUCAAAAGCAGAGGGCAUUUGCGAGCUCCUUCAAAAGGUCGGGGAAUACCCAGAGGACACAAUCUUCUAUUUCCACUCCUGGACGUUUGGCUAUGAGAAUGUCUGGAUAGCGCUCUCUACCUUCCUCCGAAGUCAAAUUCAUGUGGACACCUACCGCUUUGGAAUAUACUCAUCUCUAUCUCCCCUAAAGAGCGGGGUUUACAUUCGCGAAGCGCCAACGUUAUGCGGCUUCAUGAACGGCAACCACGAGCAACAUGGCUGUUUAACUUCGCAACCAGAUGUUCGUCUCCACAGUUGUGAACGUGGCAUGGGUUGUCCAGUCGUGGAUCGAGACACAGAUGCAAGAGUUGUACACAUCAUACCUAUUGUGACCCGAACCCACGGAACCGAGAUCGCCGAAGUCGGAGCUGGAGGUGGGAAAGGCGAUUUGGAUCAAAUCGAUGAGCUGGAAGCAGGUGAUGUAGAAGAUGUAGGGAAGCUAAUAGAGUUAUGUGCGAGUAAGAUUAAGGACCAAGAGUUGCUUUCAAAGGUCGUAGUGCUCCUACAACAAGCGCUCAAUGAAAAGAAGGGCAGGAUUAACCUAGGGAUGGGCCUGCAGAAGGAGAGCCAAGGAAACCAAGACGACUUAUCCUUACAAACUCUUAUAUCAGUCCUAUCUACUCAUAUUAUCAGGACAAACGAGACGGAAGAACAGCGGAAUGAGACAAUCCAUUUUCCAUACUCUCGACAUUCAUCGUUCUCAGAACUAUGUACUCUUGUCAGUGCUUUUAAACCCAGGGACAUUUAUCCUUGCACCAUGGACGAGGACAAUUGGACCCCUGCUCUUGGUAUGCGAAAUCUUUUUGGAGAAUUCUGCUCUGCGAACGUUUUUCGGCACGAUACGGAGAUGAUGGAGGUGUAUGAGUUGAGAACACAACGAGAACGGACCCAAAGGAGUGAGGGAAUUUCGGAUAUUAUGGAUCACGUAACGCCAAAGCGAAGUCGCACUGAGAAAGACGCUGUGACUACGGAGCGCCACAUGGGGGUGAUCACAUCCGUCACUCCAGCGGACUCACGAAACUGCAGUCAUCAUACCCCUAAUAUCGAAGCCGGACACGCUGACAUUCCAAUGACUUCAACCCUCCAGCAAUGCGCUGCCAGCGCGCUCCCUAUAGCCGUGGCGAUUCAGCGUGAACACGAUGUGAUCACUAUGCCCGACUCUCACCCUCGCCCAGGGCCAUCGAAAACACAAUACCCAAAUUUAGGCACCCCAUUGGCCUCACUCUCCUUCUCCUCACACCGAACUUCUAUUUCAUCAACCGAACCUAAAAUUUCGUCAAAGAGUCGUCAGAUAGCCUACAAUGCCGCUCUUGGCAUUGACAUGACUUGGUUAGAGAUGGGUGGUUUAGUGUCAACGAGAAAGGAAAACGAGGAGAAAGAACUGUAG